AUGACCCCUCUGGACAGCUGCUCCAGGCCAAGGAAGCUGAAUCCCAGCAGAGUCAAAGGGGAUCUGAUGCAGCCCACAGAGGCCCGUCCAAAAUGUUUUCACCCAGAGGAUACGGCCACAGGGCACGCGAGCGUUGGCUGCAGCCCCGUCUUGCAGGCCCCUUCUCUCUCUCAUGUAGAUGGACACCACCUGGCAAUCCCUGACUUUUCCAGUCUUGCCUUUCCUGUUCCCUUUUCUCCUCCUUCAGGUGUGAGCUUUGCACUCCCAGAUGAAGCCCCAGGAGAAGUUCAGGACCCUCCAGAGGAGAUGUUCCUCCUCACUGUAAUUAUCACCAUCCCAGCCAUCUUUGAAACCUCUUCUGCGACUUCUCCAGUGACUGCCUUUCACGAGGUCGGAAAACUUGCAGGGAACCACUACCGGCCAGGAGAUCAUCUCACUGGUGUGGUCGUCAGUGCAACACAGUCUGUGUUUGAGCCGUUCCUUUUCACCACAGCUCCUUCUUUUCAGUCUUCUUCAUCAACCAUUGACAGUGCAAGAAUCCUACCCUUCAUUUUGGCCAUUCAAGAGGUCAACAAGAAUCCCCAGCUCUUGCACAAUCUCACUCUUGGCUACAACAUCCAUGACAACUAUUGGAACACCCUUCUGACUUCAGAUGCCUUGCUGGACCUGCUCUCCACUGGAGAAGCCAAUGUUCCCAACUACAGCUGUGGAAGGAAGGACAACCUCUUGGCUCUUCUUGAUGGAACUGACAAUGACGUCUCCAUCCAGAUAUCUACCGUGGCGGACACCUACAAAAUCCCACAGAUCAGCUAUAAAGUUGUCUCAGGGAAUCUCGGUGACAAAACUCAAUUCCCUUUCUUCUACCGCUUGGCCCCCAAAGAAGGAAUCCAGUAUCUGGUGAUUGUCAAACUGCUCCUGCAUUUCAGAUGGACCUUGAUUGGCCUCUUUGCUUCAGAGACAGAGAAUGCAGAGAGUUUUGUCAGGACUGUGACUCCUCUGCUUUUCCGGAAUGGCAUCUGUGUUGUCCUAACACAAAGGUUCUCAAAGGCCAGGGAUUUAGUUUCGAUCAGUGAUGCCCUCUCUAAGUGGAGACAAGUCAACGUCUUUGUUUCCUUUGUAGAAAUGGAGAACUUCCUAGAGGGAAUUUUAAUCUUAGCUGUGACACUUCAACACUUGCCAGGACCCAUUGAAGGGAAAGUCUGGCUCACCACAGCCUUGUGGGAUUUAGAAAGGAUGUACCAUAAGUAUGAUUUACAAUAUGUCCAUAGCAUUUGGUUCUUUGUUAUGCAGACAAAGGAAUGGCUGUUAGAUGGCACAUUUCAAGAGUUUUUCUAUAUGAAGGGCCACUAUAGAGAGGAGGCUCUUAACUGCUCCUUUUCAAAGCACACCUUUUCUGUCAAAGGCCGGGAAAGAUGCACCCAGAAAGCGCCACUUGAGCCCCAACAGGAAAGGAACACGUUCCGGAUUCGAAAUGACCACCACGUUUACACUCUUGUUUGGACUCUGGCCCAUGCCUUGAAUGCUGCGUAUUCCUCCAGAUCCAGGAGGAGAAGGAAGGAGGGCGAAGAGAGACUGGGGGCUCCAAGGCUGCAGCCGUGGCAGUUCCAUCCCUUUCUGGAGAACAACGGGUUUUGCAAUAUGUCCCGGGAGAAACUCUACCUGGACCAAAAUGGAGAUCUAGCAGCUGACUUGAACAUUAUGAGCUGGCUGAUUUUCCCCAAUAAGCCCGAAAAGCCCGUCAUCAAAAAAAAAUUGGGGAGUCUGGAAAGGCAGAGACUUACUAUCGACCAAGAUGCUCUGUCAUGGCUGACGUUGCUCAACGAGUCUCUGCCUCAGUCCAGGUGUGGGGAAAAUUGUCCCGCUGGAUUUGUCAAGCGGGCUCGGGAAGGAGAGCCAGCUUGCUGCUACGACUGCGUUCCUUGUCCGGAGGGAACCAUCUCCACUCAGGAAGACACGGAAAAAUGCACCAAGUGUCCAGACAAUCAACAUCCAAAUGAGGACCGAGUCCGAUGUCUCCCCAAAGUUAUAACCUUCCUGUCCUAUGAGGAACAUCUGGGAAUCAUCCUGUUCUCCUUUGCCCUCCUCUUGUCCUUAACCACAGGCUUCAUUUUAAUCACCUUCCUUAAAUACUUAGAAACUCCCAUUGUCAAAGCCAACAAUCGGGACCUCUCCUACAUCCUUCUGGUCUCCCUCCUGCUUUGCUUCUUGUCUUCCCUCCUCUUCAUUGGCCAACCAAGGAAAGCCACCUGCCUCCUACGACAAAUGGUGUUUGGCAUUGUCUUCUCAGUUGCCGUGUCUUCUGUCUUGGCCAAAACGAUCACGGUGGUGCUGGCCUUCCUGGCCACAAAACCUGGGAACAGGAUGAAAAGAUGGUUGGGGAAGAGUUUGGCCAACUCCAUCAUCGUUUCUUGCUCUGCUGGCCAAAUUGCCAUCUGUGCCAUGUGGUUGGGAGUUUCUCCCCCAUUCCCUGACUCUGACCUGCAUUCCCAUCCUGGAGAGAUCAUUCUGCGAUGCAACGAAGGCUCUGUUACUAUGUUUUAUGUUGUCCUUAGCUACAUGGGGUUCCUGGCCGCCAUCUGCUUCAUGGUGGCUUUCCUGGCCAGGAAUCUCCCUGGGGCCUUCAAUGAAGCCAAGCUGAUCACCUUCAGCAUGCUGGUUGUUAGUCGGGAUGUUCGCUCUCCCAACCUUGUUGCUCAUUUUCACUCUGCCUAUCCAAACAAGCCGGCCCCUUAG